AUGCCGGUGGAUACGGAUGGGACGGUCUCAACUAAGAAAAUUAUAAGGCCAUUCGAAUUACGGUAGUGAGCGAGUUUAUGGUUACAAUGAAGCUGAAAAAAUUGAACCGGCGAUAAGAAUGAACGGAUGAUUUAGAUAGGGGCAAAGUCGAACCAAGGAGGUAGGCAAAUUUGAUAUAACCCCGACGGAGUAAGGGCAGUGCGCUGUUAUCGGAGACCCUGGUGUGUGUCAACGUGCAAGGAGACGCCAGAGCCGUGGAAGGCUUUGCUAAACCAAUCAAGGUGGAAUUGUGCAAAACGGGUUCCACGUCCGGUGUAAUACGCACUUUACUGUGUUUGUGGAGGACGUGAAACAAGGAUGAUGCGCCUGGCAUGCUGCACCGUCCUCCUCUUCCUGCUACGUCUCCUGGUGGGCCUGCCCUGGUUCCAGGUCCUCCCCUCCAUCCUCAUCUUCUACCUGGGCUCUGGAGGCUGGAAGUUCGUACUCAUUUUCGCCAAGACCAUCGGCAGAGAUGUACAUGCGGCAGGCGUCCUCCUCAAGGUGAAGUCGAACGUCAAUCGUCACCUGAAGGAACGAAACACCCUCCCUAAGAUCUUCGCCGAGACUGUGCGUCGCCAUGGGGACAAGACUGCACUCAUUUUCGAGGGCACGGGCGAGAAGUGGUCCUUCCGGCAGCUGGACGAGUACUCCAACCGCGUGGCCAACCUGCUGCUCCAGAGGGGUUUCGUGGAAGGGGAUGUGGUUGCUCUCUUCAUGGAGAACCGCUCCCAGUACGUGGGCCUCUGGCUGGGCAUGGCCAAGAUAGGAGUGGAGGCUGCCCUGAUCAACUUUAACCUGCGGCUGGAGGCCCUGGUGCACUGUGUCACCAUCUCAAACGCUAAGGCUGUGGUGUUCGGCAGCGAGCUGACCGAGGCGGUGUGUGAGGUCCACAGUUCCAUGGGGAAGACAGUACAGAUGCUGUGUUCAGGGGACUGGGACCCCAAAUGUGUCCCUGCGGGGACAGAGUGCCUGGAGCCUCUACUGGACGCCGCCCCCACCCACCUGCCCAUCCGCCCAGACCGCUGCUUCACUGAUCGUCUGUUCUACAUCUACACAUCUGGGACCACUGGGAUGCCUAAAGCUGCCAUCGUGGUGCACAGCAGGUACUACCGCAUGGCAGCGUUGGUGUACUAUGGCUUCGGUAUGACGUCUGAUGACGUUUUGUACGAUUGCCUUCCACUCUACCACUCCGCAGGUAACAUAGUCGGAGUGGGGCAGUGUCUAAUCCACGGCAUGACGGUGGUCAUCAAGAAGAAGUUCUCUGCCUCCCGAUUCUGGGAAGACUGUGCCAAGUACAACUGCACAAUUGUCCAGUACAUCGGGGAGAUCUGCCGGUACCUGUUGAACCAGCCGAUAAAGGACAUAGAGGGGAAACACAAGGUCCGUAUGGCGCUCGGUAACGGCCUGCGCCAGUCCAUCUGGGAGGAGUUCACCUCUCGCUUCAAUGUGCCACAGAUAGCAGAGUUCUACGGAGCCACAGAGUGCAACUGUAGCCUGGGAAACUUUGACAACAUGAUAGGAGCGUGUGGCUUCAACAGCCAGAUCCUCCCCUUCAUCUACCCCAUCAGACUGGUGAAGGUAGAUGAGGAGACCAUGGAGCUAAUCAGAGGCCCCGAUGGCGUCUGCAUCCCCUGUGGCCCUGGUGAGCCCGGCCAGUUGGUAGGCAGGAUCAAUCAGAAAGACCCCCUGAGAAGGUUUGACGGCUACGUGAACGAAGGAGCCAACAGCAAGAAGACGGCUAACAGUGUCUUCAAGAAGGGAGACACUGCCUAUCUCUCAGGCGACGUCCUAGUCAUGGACCGGUAUGGUUACAUGUACUUUAAGGAUCGUACAGGGGACACGUUCCGUUGGAAGGGAGAGAACGUGUCGACCACCGAGGUAGAGGGAACCCUGAGCCGUCUGCUGGAUAUGAAGGACGUGGUAGUCUAUGGCGUGGAGGUGCCAGGCGCUGAGGGGAAGGCUGGGAUGGCCGCCAUAGCAGAUCCAGAGAGAUCUACAGACCUGGAGAAGUUUGGGAAGGAUCUGGAGAAAGCCCUGCCACCCUAUGCACGACCCGUCUUCCUACGCUUCCUCAAAGAGGUCAACAAGACAGGCACCUAUAAAUUCCAGAAGACAGACAUGCGGCGGGAAGGUUUUGACCCCAGCAUGGGAUCAGACAAGCUGUACUUCCUGGAACCCAGCAGGGGGGGCUACGUGGCACUGCACCAGGAGCUCUACAGCAGCAUCAUCUCAGGGAAGCAGAAACUGUAACUGAUCACUCUUGCCCCCCACCUAACCCUGCACACACAAACACCCAAUUCCUGAAGUCACUCUCCCUCCCCCCUCCUACAUCCCACCUCUCUGCUCUCUCUAAGCCCACACCCCUCGUUACCUCAGUGACCACAGUGAGGGGCAGCUGGCUCAUCCGGGUCACAUGACAAGCCAAUCUGACACCAUAUCCCAUGAUAGACCUAGAGCGACCUUUGACCCCUAAAGGCACCUCCCCUGACCCUUCACCCCGGAGUUUGACCUUGACCUGACCUGGAGCUAUAGGAACGCUCGCUGGAAGGACACUGCUCUCUGGCUGAGAGAGGCGUGUGGCAUCUCCAGAAUGCAAAAUAUUGUUACUUACUCCAAAUCUAAGAGUCCAAGCUAUAGGAACUUGGCACAAUGAAAUAACUUUAAUUGAAUGAAGGAAACACUCCUAUUGGUUUGUCUGUCUCAUGUUGAUGAGGUCACUCCCUCAUAGGCCCAACCUGCACAAUGCCCAGUCAGUGACCAGUGGCUUCUGUUGUGACACAAAAUGGCCGAUUUUAGUUUUAGUGGUGUAGACUCUGCUCAUCCAUAUUAGACAUACAGUACAGCUAACCUGAAACUGAUGGAUUUAAGUGCAAUAGGGCUCCAGCAGUGCAAUAAUCAGCCAGAAGUAGAAUUGAGAAGAAGCUUUCUAAUAUAUUUAAAUAUGCCUGCAUUAUACCAAAUAUAUUUAAUUUUUAGAAUAGUCUUUACACAUUUUAAAACAAAAGAAUGAUUGUAUGUUCAAGUUUCUGAUAGUAUUCAAAUUCUAAUCAUGUUAUGCUAUAUCCACGAUUGCGCUCGGCUUUCUCCUGCCCAGUCUUCAACUAUAGAAUCUACAGACCAACUACCAGCCGCUGGAACACCAAUAAUUCUCUUACAGUUUCAAACCUGAUUCUGAACGUUUUUUAUUCUGGAUAGAAGAUUCUGAUUCUGAAUGUUCUGAUUCUGGGUCAAUAUUUUUUUUUUGUCUGUGUCAGCAUUGUGCAGGUUGGGCCCAAAGGGCUGGCUUCGUCUUGUAUGGCAUAGUGGACAUUUUAAAGCUGGAAGAAGAGCGAGCUGAAGUGAAAAGCACUAACCUCCAUCUGUCUCUGUUGAGGACUCGAUGUGACGAGAAUAAUACUCUGGUGCUACAGAAGGAAGGAGACUGGCACAGCGGUGCAGCAAACCGAACAAUCUAAAUCGGGGCUCUCCAACCCUGUUCCUGUAGAUUAACCGUCCUGUAGGUUUUCACUCCAACCCUAAC